UCACUAUAGCUUUUGUACCCAACAGUCGUGUACUAUCCUCCAAUCCACUACUCUCAUACUACCUUUUGUUGUUUCAUCUUCUCUAAUUUUCUUUAUUAUAUUAAGAAUGGAAAUGGUUGGCAAAAUGGCAUGCUUUAUGCUUUUGUGCAUCGUGGUGGUUGCACCCUCUGCAGAGGCACUUAGCUGCAGCCAGGUUACAUCUGGCUUGGCUCCUUGCCUCCCUUAUCUGCAGGGCCGCGGGCCUCUCGGAGGCUGUUGUAGUGGAGUUAAGGAUCUGCUGACUGCUACCAAGACCCCAGCAGACAGAAAGACAGCAUGUACUUGCAUGAAAUCAGCAGCUAAUUCGAUUAAGGGCAUUGAUGCAGGCAAAGCCGCUAGUAUCCCUGCUACUUGUGGUGUUAACAUCCCAUACAAGAUCAGUCCCUCCACUGACUGCUCCACGGUCCAGUAGGACUGAUGCUGAUCCCAAUCAUAAUUUGGUAUCAUGAUGAGGAGAAGAAUAAA